AUGGCCACACCGACUCGAGUGAAAUCAUUGACACCAUUGCUUCGCGUUGACACUGAAUCUCUCACUCCUCCAGCCCGUAUCAAGUCAGAUUACGAUGGCUCUCCUGGCGGGACGAAUAGCGCCAGCCUUACUCCUUCACCGUCAUUCUACAUCCCGCUUUCACCCAAUGUAGACAAAUAUUCUCCUUCAGCUCAAUUAGCCAGAAUGGCGCUGUCGCAACGUGACUCUGCGAAUCACGCCAGAGAGGAGUCGAAAAAGCUGGUAAAGUUGCUUCUUGACCAGCUUUCUUCCAGAACGCGUCCUCCCCCAAUUUUCGAUGCGCUAAAUGUUCAUGCUACUCCAUCGACUGAGGCAGGUCGUGGUCACAUAUUCGGAGCAGUACGCGAUAUAGUCAAACAGAAGUCACACAAACGCUUGCAAUCCAUGAAGGAGGAUAGUGACGAUGAAGGGAGUGAUUAUGACGUUUUCUCUUCUGAAACUACUUUCGACCUCAUGGUUCAAUUGAAAGAGGUAUUGCUAUUUUCUGCUUCGCAGGGCUGGCAGGUAUUUGACCAAGGAGCUUCUGGACUGGGUUCAGAUACCGAAAAAUCCACCAAACCAUCACCAUUCACCAUUCGCAGCUCUAUGAGAAGAAGUAGCAUUAGCGGAGGCCGCUCAAGAUCUCGUUCGCCUUCGUCAAAGGGACAUCCACAAGCUGCUUCGCUUAUAACGUCGUGCAUCUCCAUCCUUUCUUCAGUGAUAUUGGAAGACUGUCGCUUUCAAAUUUCUUCGCCCAGACCAUCGAAACCUCCGAACGCGCUGCAAUCAGUGUGCCUUGACAUUGCCCAAUUUCUUGCACAUGUCCACUCCAACGAACCAUCAAUAAUAUCCCGUAUUGCGUUUGCGGUUCUUCCUGCGUUUGGGACAUUUCGAAUUGAGAUGCAUCCGCGUUUGCUGUCCUUCUUCGGCAAUGUGAUACUCAGGGGGGUGUUUGAGGAUCUCAAUCGAAUCAGGGGAUACGUGUCUACAGAUAUUUCAGGUACGUUCAUUGUUGUUAGUCAAGGCCAAGAAAACCCUGUUUCUAUUCAAGUUGAAAUGGCCCUUGACGACGAAGAGAGUUCAUCUCACCAGACAGCUUUGUGGCAGCCUCGGACGUCUCUCGAUACUGCGAGUCAUCCCUGUAUCCAGGCCACCAAUGCACCUCUCCAGCCUUUGCCUGUAUAUUACCUGGCCUCUAUAACUGCUCCGCUAUUGGCCGCCAUUCUGGAAAACAUUGAUAUUACGUCGUUGACACCCACGUAUAGUUUAUGCCGGCUGCUUGAUAUUAUAAUCAACUCUAAGCCAGACUCAUAUUUGGAUGUAUUGGAAGUGAUAGCAUAUCAUGUACCUCAGAGUCGCCGCGCUGCUCUUUGCUUGCUGGCAACUUUUUGGCCACGGGCUCUUGGACAUGUCGUCCUCAGCAAGUCCCUGCCUGUCCUUGAUCAGGGGGAGCAACCUUGGUCGGGGAGUAUACCCACUCCUCCGUUGCAAUCAAGCGCUUUUUACGUGCACGAUUUUGUACCAUGGAGAUUCCUUCAGUCACAGCGGCCAUUGACAUUUGACGAAGCCGGCUCAAGUUCCUGUCAAUCAUGUGCCUCCCCCAUCAUAGGGUUUGGACUUCUCUGCUGUGGGUGUAUGUGCGCCGUGCACUUCGAUUGCUACGACUAUCCAGAAGGCAAUGCUCAUCAUCAGUACGCCGCGGUGUCCGAUUCGGCAACAAGGAAGUUGGCUGUUCACCGUUUCUGCCUCAUUCCUCCAUCUAAGCAGGACGCCGACCUCGUUACUGUGAAAAGAGCUCAACAUAUUUUCAGACAUGUCAAUCUCUUUACCCUGCCCAUUUGCUUUCACUGUGUUCUGCCGAUAUGGGGUAGUCAGGCGCUCCACUGCACGUCAUGCAAACUUUUUAUGCAUCUCACGUGCCUCGAUGGACCCCUCGCAAUCUGCGGAAUUGUAGAUAUCAGCUCUGUUCACAUGACAAUAUCAUUGGAUAGCAUCAGCCGCACAUUUUCAGAUUACUACGGGGAUCUCUUCCUCUCUUCCGAAGACCUUGGGAAGCGGAGUUUUGAGGAUAUCUCUGUAUCAUCUGCCAUGCUCUGGACGCAGCUGCAAAUCUAUAACAAUGGACUUGCUCUCGGUUCAUUUGUCCUAGCAUCAGAUAGUCAUGAAGAUCCAACCAAGGCAUUCGAGUUGCAAUAUCUGGUUGAACUUUACGAAGCUUACUUAUCCUCUGGAAAGCUGCCAGUCUCUGCGACUCUCGCUGAAUAUCUAGAGGCCAACCAACACAACCCAUCCUCUUCGGUGAUCAUGUUUGAUUGGUCAACUUUAGCUUACAUCUCCUCCACCAUCAAGUCAUCGCACGACGUACAAAGUCCACCGUCAGGUGCUUGGCCAGACUUGCGUGUGCCUGGCGAAAAUAUGGCGACACAAGAUGACAAUGAUGCAGCACGUCAUCAGUUCGAGGUCGUCACGUUGGGGCAUCUCCGUAAUUCCCUGGGAUACGAAUUCAAUAUGUUAUCCGAGGGUCCUGCGCGUCACUGUCUAUCUCAUCUUCACAAACUUGGCUUCUUCACAUGUGCAGAUUUCCCUACUUGUGUACCCGAGCUUGCAAAAUCAAGCCAACACUGCUACUUCCCACUGCCGCUUGGCUUUGACUUGUCCACUGAUGUGGAAACGCUAGUGUCAGCUAUCGAGGCUUGCCUUUCAGAUUUGGACCUUUCGGUUAACGAGUGCGGCUUCUUGUUCUUGGUGAGGCGCUUCUGGCCCAGCGGGCUGGCAUCGGAUUAUGCCCUGCGCAGAUUAUCUCAUGCUGUAUUAUCCUGGAUCUUUGCCGAGGAUGACAAUUUGGCAAAAAUUCUUCGUGACUUCAUCCCACAAGGGAUCAAUCUCCCAGGUGUUAGGAGCGGUUUUGAUGUUCCCGUGUGGCCAACCACUCAUGACGUGCGUCGCGCACCAAGUAGUUCCACCAAUAACGGUGGAGAUUAUGUUGCAGCCAGGCGUUGUCUGCUUUCAAGAUAUGCUGCCCGAUGGCUUCUAGCACUGCAUGAUCAAGAUUUUGUUGCGUAUGCCCGAUUAUUGUCUGAUAUUAUUCAGGAUAUUGCUUCUCGUCACGAAAGCUCAUGUCUCAAUGCACACAAAUCAUCGUCGACCGCGGAAAGAUCACUGCGCUUUAUCACAAGACUGUGCAGAGCUUCAGUCAGCUUCACAGUGCUUGAUGAUUUAUUUCUCAUGUGGCUUCAGACACUCGAACCCGAGGUGCUUGAUACAGCGUCUCUUCCAAUUCUGCAACGUCUCCUCAAUCGAGAUUCAGCUGAGAACGCAUCUCGCCACACCACGUUUGUCGACCAGGUUUUUGCGCAAGCCGAUGGGCACGUAGUGAAGCUAUCUGAUCCAUGGGGCAUAGUUCGACAGGCGGCUAAGGGCAACGGACUUUUGGACAGCCUCCGCUGGCUGAGGUUAUUUGCUCGUUCGGGCGUCGACAUUAACGUACCAAUAUUUGCUGCAUACAGCGAACUAUCACGGAAGGGCCUUGUGACUUUGAAGCAGGCCUCGGUCUUCGCUGAAGCCACCCUAAUGUCUGUGUGGACGAAGUCCAUGGGCCGACAAGAUUUACAGAAAUCGAUCUCAACUAUGAUCGUCAGCCUACAGCCUGCUAUCAAGAGUGCCCUCCGAUCCUCAAGUGACAAUGCUUCAUGUGCAUCGACAUUCAUCAGACAAUGUCUCGCUACUUGCCUGUUGCUUUACGGAUGCGAUCGCGCCAUGCUUACUUCAAACGAAAUGAUAACAGAAGAAGAUAUCAAAAUUCUUCCUUCAAGGCAACAGAACACACGCGUGGCUCAGGCUACCGACCCCAUUAUCAUCGAGGGUGAACUGAUGCUCGUUGUCAGUACUCUCGUUGCAACCGGCAUGGAACAAGUCGUUUGUCUCAUUGCAAAAUUCCUACACUCUUUUAUUAUGCACGCUUCGCUUCUCGAGGCACAUGAGGUCGAUAACUUCGUGUUGCGCAAUGGAAGCACUCUAUAUCCAUGUAUCUGGCACUUUUACGGGAUCCAGCAUCAUGAGAUCGCAAGCAUCAGGACCACCUUAUUCCUUAGAAUAUCGAUUGUUGAUCCACAGUCGUUCUACGAGUUUAUGUCUUCGAUGAGCGGACCAACAGUAGCAUGGGACAUCAGGUAUCUACAUUCUUACAGAUUCUUUCGCAUGGUGCUAGACAUCACUAGUCCCGACUUCGUGGUCAAAGAUCGGCUCUGGAAGCACAGCGUCGUCAACCUCUUCUACCACGCAUUUGAACCGCUCUGGAUCGAUGAGAAGGAGGAAGUCAGGACAGCAGUUGACACCUGGUUGCAGACAUUGCUUUCAGCCCAUUUAGAUGCCAUCGCAUCAUGUUGGAAUGAUGCCUUUGCCGACCUACCUAUGUCAAAGCGUCUCAGGCUGGUUUCCUUUCUUCUUCAGCUCCAAUCACAUUUCCCGACGUGGAGAGUGCUCUCCUGGAGCACAGUUGUCGAGACACUGUUUGAAUACGACCACUUGCAACAUAACAGCAACGAUGAAGAUGGCUCUGCCGUCGCUCACCUUGAAAUGUACCAAAAUGAUGCUCAUCCGCAAGAUUUAGACCCAGAAAUUCACUCCAUUCAGACAUCAAUUGUGUUGCUUGGGUUGCGCAUGAUGGAAAACGGAGUCGAGAUCGACCUCAUGUCAUGUCUGAAGUUUAAGUUAUAUCUAACCAAAAUGAUUGGCUUCAGUGGAGCGCAGAUGGUCUCUGUAUUCAACGGGCGGGCGUUUUCAGUCCACUUGGAUGGCUUCAGUGGUAUCCCACAACAGUCUUUGCCGUGUGUGAACGAAUUUGCACGCGUCUUGGAUGCCCCCCACCCAUUUAACCUGCCGCCCUCCCUUAUGAACAGUCCGUUUACCGAAGACGACAGACCUUGUCGCGUGCUUAUUGGGUCCAUUUGGAUUGAUGCCGUACUGGGUGCUUUCUGCGCCAUAGACGAGCCGCUCGAGCUCCCAGCUCUUACCUUGAAGAGCUUGCUGGAAGCACUAAUGGCAAUGAUUUAUAAGCACGACUUCGACAGCCCCGCGCUCAGACAUCUCGAUGUUCUACUCCGCAAGGCAUUAAAGAAGACCUUGGACCUGUUGUUAGUUGACCUAAGCUAUGACUUGCGUCAAGUGGCAUUAUCUGUAAUAGAGACAUACAUCAAGAGGGGGUCUGCCAUAUCUGGCGCGCUAGUGACUGAAUCAAUUGAACGUGCUGUUGCACUGAUUGCGUUGUUGAAACAUAACACCGAAGAUAUGUUAGUCACUCGAGCGAAAUCAUUUAUCGAGAACACGCUUGUCACAUUGGCUCAAAGUGGAGUGUUCUGUAGUCUAUGCAAACGCCCGCUGGGCUCGGAUUUUUUUGUGAUAAUAAAAUCCAUCGCAGAAGCUGAAUCCCGCAGGGCACCCUCGCCACAAGAAAGCCUGCGCGAAGUGCUCUUGCAGAGUGUCGUGACACAGCCUCCAGACGCGGAUUGGAAGACCAAUAAUAAUAUUGCUUUGAACGUGAAGGAAUACACAGAGUUGGUCCAUUUUGAAGGGCUCAGCAAACGGUUGAUCAAAGACCUCAUGAAUUGGCUCAUGGUGACGGCACGCCGAUCAUCGGCUCUGGGAAGCAACGCCGGAUUUGACCCCAAUCUCCUGUUGUAUAUUUCCACAACUCUUUUGCAGUAUAACAAAGCACACACCAAGGAUCUUCUAGAGUGCACAGAAACGGUACUAAGGGUCGCAUUAUCAAGGUCCAAUGUGGAGAAACAGUGUCUAAUUCGGGCAUCACACGCUGUCAGUUCGCUCUAUCAAAGGUGAAGAGACUCGGACUAGAGAAACUAAGGGCGAGAACAGAACUCAGUCUUGGUUCAAAAAGACUGAGGGAGAUUG